UCAGCAAUUUAUUUGAAACAAAUGCAACUUUGUUUUACAGAAAGACCACAUUCGAACAAAGCAACCACAUGCUAUGCAGACAAUACAGCCAACUUAUGUUAAUUGUACAGAUGUUAACAUGCCCUGCCUUUAUAUGUGGAAAUGUUUCAAGUCUCAAAGUGUGCCCCUACUUUGUAGCUUGUCCUUGGAACAAUGAAUGAUUCAAACAAAUGCUAAAUUUAGCACCAUUGCCACACUGAUAGAAGAAAACUACAUAUUAAAAUGGCAACUUCUUGGAGAACAGAAAAGGGUGUAUAGUGAACUUCCAAUAAUUUGACUCCGGUUAAUUUAAUUUUUUCAGUUAAUUCGAACCUGGCCGACGCCCAUGCAUUUCUAUGGGAUUAAACAUUCAUCAUUUCGAUCCUAAAACUGGCAUUCGCCGGAUAAUGCGAACUUGACCAGACCCCAAUAAUGACCCCUUUUAGUGGCAGUCCAUGUCUCAGUAGAGCUUAGGGGACAGUGAAUGCGUUAAACAAAUGCCAUCUCUCUGAAAUGCCUAUUUUUGACCCACCCGAGAAAGAUUUUCAAGCAGUAACGGUAGCUGACAAUGUCCGAUUGUGGUACUUAUCUGAUUCUAACGAACACUUUUUGUUUUCGAAGGACAUUGAGACGAAAAUUGCCUAGCUGUGCAAUCGAUAGCGAAACUAAAACCGUGGUUGCACCAUUCAUAUGCUUUACCACAUAUCAUGGCUGUAAUACGGCGAAGCUGGCUUUGGAAAAUCAGCUGGCAUUCUAAAAAAUGAGGUACGCGUAGGUUUCUACUUUGGUUUGGAGUUAAGUCAUUUCUACUUUAGUUUUAUACUGUGGACAAAUAGAAAUUUGAUGCACGUUCGUUUCAGAGGCGUGUUACUCAAGCACAUAUUGCCAAAUGAAUCAACGGUGCUUCAGCAGGCUUUUGCAUCUUAAAUCGACCCGUCAGUCUCGUGAGGGUAGAAUUAAUGGAAGUUGAUUGUAUGAAUUGCGUGAUGAAGCACCAAGAAAGUUAGCUUGCUCAGGUAGUGAAAAAGCAUGGAGAAAGUGCUUCACACAACAUCCACCAAUGUUCUGUUGCAGAUGCAAAAGCUGCCUCCCUUAUCUGGAACAGAAUAAAAUCCUUUCGAAGGCAAAAUAAAAAACAGAAAGAGAAGUCAUCAAGGCAUUCCACAUCCAUCUUAUUCAGUCAUUACAGUGUUGCUACAUCACCAUUUGCUUAGCCUCCUAUGCCAAAAAAAAAUUGUCGAAAAUGAAAUGACCUGAUUCCCAUGUUUUUCACCUCCCAAGCAGUGUUUACUGUCAAUUAUUACUGCUUUCUGUAUUUUCACCUGUAAAUACUGUAUGUUAACCUGUAUGUUAACACUGAGCUAUACGAUAAGCUUAGUGAAAGUUAAAAAAGAAUACUGGAUAUUCAUUUUCGUUUUUUUUAGAGAUAAGAAGGGGUGCUUAGAAGCGAGCCACAUUUGCAAAAUGCUUGAAUAAACAGCAACUACCCCGGUAAUGCGCUAAUUGUGGCCAUGCUGUCCCUGCAAACUUCUUAAUCUCAUCCGCCCACCUAACUUUCUGCUGCGCCCUGCUACGCUUCCCUUCCCUCGGAAUCCAGUCCAUAACCCUUAAUGACCAUCAGUUAUCUUCCCUCCUCAUUACAUGCCCUGCCCAUCCCCAUUUUUCUUGAUUUCAACUAAGAUGUCAUUAACUCGCGUUUGUUCCCUCACCCAAUCUGCUCUCAUCUUAUCCCCUUAAUGUUACACCCAUCAUUCUUCUUUCCAUAGCUCGAUGUGUCGUCCUCAGUUUAAGUAGAACCCUUUUUGUAAGCCUCCAGGUUUCUGCUCCGUAGGUGAGUACUGGUAAGACACACCAGUUAUACACUUUUCUCUUCAGGGAUAAUGGCAACCUGCUGUUCAUGAUCUGAGAAUGCCUGCCAAACGCACCCCAGCCCAUUCUUAUCCUUCUGAUUAUUUCGGUCUCAUGAUCCGGACUCGCGGUCACUGCCUGCCCUAAGUAGAUGUAUUCCCUUACCACUUCCAGUGCCUCGCUACCUAUCGUAAACUGCUGUUCUCUUCCGAGACUGUUAAAAAUUACUUUAGUUUUCUGCAGAUUAAUUUUCAGACCUACCAUUCUGCUUUGCCUCUCCGGGUCAGUGAGCAUGCAUUGCAAUUGGUCCCAUGAGUUACUAAGCAAGGCAAUAUCAUCAGCGAAUCGCAAGUAACUAAGGUAUUCUCCAUUAACUCUUAUCCCCAAUUCUUCCCAAUCCAGGUCUCUGAAUACCUCCUGUAAACAUGCUGUGAAUAGCAUUGGAGAGUUCGUAUCUUCCUGCCUGACACCCUUCUUUAUUGGAAUUUUGUUGCUUUCUUUAUGAAGGACUACGGUGGCUGUGGAGCUGCUGUAGAUAUCUUUCACUAUUUUUACAUAUGGCUCGUCUACACCCCAAUUACAUAAUGCCUGCAUGACUGCCGAGGUUUUGACUGAAUCAAACACUUUCUUGUAAUCAAUGAAAGCUAUGUAUAAGGGGUGGUAUUAAAAUUAGAUCUUUCGUCUCCUGCGAUAGCUUACUGGUAUCCUGUCUAACGAAGUUACAACCGACUUCUAGAUGCCCAUAAGAUUUUCGUUCAUUGCUUCAACACUAAGGUUCUCUUCCUGAGCUAAAGCCCUAUACCUCUUCUGUAGCUUGAUCCGAAAUUCCUCUAUUUCCCUCUUACCGCUAACUCAUUGAUCGGCUUCUUAUGUACCAGUUUUUUCCAUUCCCUCCUCAAGCCUAGGCUAAUUCGAGAUCUUACCAUCCUAUGGUCACUGCAGCGCACCUUGCCGAGCACAUACACAUCUUGUAUGAUGCCAGGGUUAGCACAGGGUAUGAGGUCUAUUUCAUUUUUAGUCUCGCCAUUAGGGCUCCUCCAAGUCCACUUCCGGUUAUCCCGCUUGCGGAAGAAGGUAUUCAUUGUCCGCAAAAUAUUCCGUUCUGCAAACUCUACUAAUAACUCUUCCCUACUAUUCCUAGAACCUUUGCCAUAUUCCCCCAAUGACUUUUCUCCAGCCUGCUUCUUGCCUACUCUGGCAUUGAAGUCGCCCAUCAGUAUAGUGUAUUUUGUUUCGACUUUACCUAGCUCGAUUCCACGUCUUCAUAGAAGCUUUCGACUUCCUGGUUAUCAUGACUAAAUGUAGGGGCAUAGACCUGUAUGGCCUUCAAUUUGUACCUCUUAUUAAGUUUCACAGCAAUACCUGCCACCCUCUCGUUAAUGCUAUACAAUUCCUGUAUGUUACCAGCUAUAUCCUUAUUAACCCAUAUAUGCCUAGUGUCCUAUAUGUAGGACACUGAAAUUUUUCAAAUAACUCGAAAAUUUUUUUUUGUCAAAAAGCUAGCGCCCCCUAGGGGGUGUUUCUGAGGCUAUGGCCUUCUCGCGUGCAAGUCUUGGUUAGCGUGGGAGCACAGCUCGCCACGUGCUUGCAGUUUCAAAAUCGGCGUUCCGCGUGAGCUUCGACGAACGCCAUGCCGAGAAAGAAAAUUCAGAAGAUUCCCUGCAGUUCAUUUUACCGCAGAAGAGAUCCGCAAACGCUCAACGACAUUCUAAACCAGAUUGACGCUGGGGAAGAUGUACCGUCUACGGUGGCCAUUCUUCCGCCCGAAAAUCACGCGGCGGCAGUGACAGAUGAAGAAAGCGGUGAUGAAGAAUGCACCAGCAUGGACCAUCUGCCGGGGAGCACUCUUCGUGCUGAAGUUCUGGACACUUGUUCAGAGUCAAGUGAGGACGAGAACGACCAGGAGCCACCAGCUAAGCAACAGAAACGACGUGUCAAGUGGGAUAAACGCGAUUUGAACGCGAGUUUCCCAACUCGCCACUCGUGUGAUUCAGACUCCGCUGAAGGAGCACCGCUAACUCCAGUAGAGGCAUUUGAAAAAUUUUUCGAUGAUGAAGUCAUCAACCUGCUUGUUGCAAACACCAACACCUAUGCACAACAGAAGAAUCGGUUAUUGAACGUGAACGCAGGUGAGAUGAGAUGUUUUCUCGGCAUUCUGCUUCUCAGUGGCUAUGUGCCGGUUCCAAGGCGUCGCAUGUUGUGGGAAAACUCACGUGAUUCUCAUAAUGAACUCGUCGCGAACUCUAUGAGGCGGGACCGAUUUGAAGCCAUUUUCACCAACCUACAUGUGGCUGAUAACAACAACCUAGUACAAGAAGACAAAUUCACAAAACUGCGACCACUGUUUAGGCUCUUGAAUGAACGGUUUCUGUUGUAUGCUCCAUUACUAGACUGCUUCAGCAUUGAUGAAAGCAUGUGCGAGUACUUCGGAAAGCAUGGAUGCAAGCAGUUUAUGAAAGGGAAACCAAUCCGAUUUGGCUAUAAAUUGUGGUGCAUUUGCACCCCAUUGGGCUAUUUGCUUUCUGUUGAGCCCUACCAAGGGAGGUAUGGCGUCAAUGUGGAUGAUAAAAACAAGCUUGGUCUAGGAGGAUCUGUUGUUACAGAAAUGGUGUCCAGGUUGAAAGAAAGGCUUGAUUACUGUUUUCAUGUGUUCUUUGACAACUUCUUUUCAAGUCUCAAACUUGUUAGAAUGCUUUCGUCAAUGGGUGUCAAGUGCACAGGCACCGUGCGGGAUAACCGAAUAGAAAACUGUCCCAUCCUGACACAGAAAGAAAUGAAAAGCAAGAAUCGAGGCUUCUACGAUUACAAAGUCGACGCUGAAUCUGAAAUUAUUGUAUGUCGCUGGAAGGACAACAGCACAGUGACCGUCGUCUCAAAUGCUCACGGGGUCGAGCCAACACAAAUGGUGAAAAGAUAUUCGAGAGAAAACAAGUCCAAAGUCACGGUGGAGCAGCCGUUCUUGAUUUCGAGCUAUAAUGGCAACAUGGGAGGAGUUGACAGACUAGACCAAAAUAUUUCAAAGUACCGCACAGCCAUUCGAGGAAAGAAGUGGUAUUCUUCACUCCUGACAUAUCUGGUUGAUGCAUGUGUGAAUAAUGCAUUCCAGUUGUACAGAAUUGGAACGACCAAAACAGAGCUCCUCACAUUUCGAAGGACGAUAGCGGUGUCGUAUAUGAAGAGUUAUGGCACCAAGCCAUUGCGUGGAAAAAGCCGGCAAUCUUUACUGGAAGCACAAAGCCGAUUUGACCGCAUUGACCACACAGUGAUUCCUCAAGAGAAGCAAACAAGGUGUGCUCAUUGCCAUGAGAAGACCACAACACGUUGUGAAAAAUGCGACAUCGGAGUCCAUGUGAAAUGUUUCAAAUUGUACCACUCAAAGGAGUAGUAUAUGUGCCUAGUGUCCUAUAUGUAGGACGGCCAAAAAACGCAGUUCGAAAAUUUUUUUUUUUUGAAUAAAAGGUUGAUUCUACUUUCUGAGGUACCAGAAGCAAUUAUUACGGGAAAAUAAAUCACUUUUCUUAAUUUCCCCAAGUUCAGGCAUAUAUGGGUUAAACAGGAAUCCGACUACUAGUUCUCGUCUCUCCGCUAAACCCUGGUGGCACAGCAUGUGCCCGCUUUUUAGCACUGUAUAUGCUUCAUUUGUCCUCCCAACCUGACUGAGCUCUAUUAUAUCCCAUUUAAUGCCCGCUAAUUCCUCCAAUAGCACUGUUAGACUCUCCUCACGAGAAAACGUCCUAGCGUUAAACAUUGCCAGGUUCAGAUUCCAAUGGCGGCCUGUCCAGAUCCAGAGAUUCUUAGCAUGCUCUGCUGCAUCACAGGUCUGACCGCCGCAAUGGUCAGUUGCUUAGUAGCUGCUGGGGACUGAGGGCCGAGGUUUGAUUGUUCUAUUCAUACAGAAGGUCAAGGACUGGCCAAGUACUGGCCAAGUACUGCACCAAGGUGGCCAAUCCUGCUCUGGUGAGGGAGUGCAUUACCGGUUCUGGUCACCGGGGUCAGGCCACCAGGCCUGUUUAUACAGCUGUAUCAACACGUGGAUUUUUUUUUAUCCAGUGGAAAAUUGCGUGGCACCGGGAUUUGAACCACAGUCCUUUUGCAUGUGAGGCAGAUGCUCUACCUCUACGCUAUCGCAUCGGGGCACAAGUAGUAAGUAAUUAUACAGAAAGCGUUUUAUUUACUGUAAUUGGAGGAUUGGAGCAGAUUAGUUCGACCACUCAAGGAGUGGGAACGGUUCAACUGUCAGAACCCCAACAAAAGGACUGGAAUCACAUAAACCACAACUCUGAAGGAAUGAAGUGGGAAUAGAAUGGAGCGCCCCCACUCUGCAAUCCUGCACCAUGCCGAUAUAUCCUGUUCUUGGGCAAUGCCAGCGCAGCUCUAGAACCACAAAGACGACCGCACUACCAGGGUGAAACACAUCGAAGGCCCUGCAUGAGCAGC